ACUUAUUGAAGUGUAGUAUAAAUAUCACAUUUGCAACUGGUCACUGUUAAAAAAAAACAUAUGCUGGGAAAUCACUUCUAGGCGUUCUGAAGAAGAAGAAAAACCUCAAGACCUUCGAGUUUGGUUUCAUUUCACUGCAGACCACCACAGCAACUGAAAGCAAGUCAUGGCAGUACAAUCUACUACUAUUGUGACAACCCAGCAUGUCUCAUCUGGUACCUGGACUACAGGCCUCUGUGACUGCUGUUCUGAUAUGGGCACUUGUUGUUGUGCCCUUUGGUGUUUCCCCUGUAUGCAGUGUCAGACUGCAUCUCAGUUUGGCUGGUGUUUCUGCAUGCCCUUGCUGGACUGCUGUCUGCUGGUUUCCUGCUGUCUGCGUCAGAAAAUGAGAGAACAAUAUAACAUUAAUGGUUCCUGCUGUGAUGACCUUUGCACUGUCUGCUGCUGUUAUACUUGUGCCUGGUGUCAGAUGUCUCGAGAAAUCAAGAUUCGUGCUCGUUCUGGCGCUGUAGUCACCCAGCAAAUCAUACACAGUUAGAGUUUUGCAGUGAGUCUUGGUAGUGUGGGUAAAAAGUAGGUGCAGGUGGUGAAAACGGAUGCCCUCUCUACCUAGUGGUGAUAUGGAAACAGCAAAGUCACUUCACUUCACUCAUGCUUCACUGUUUGUUUGUUUUUUUGCAAUGUUUUUCUCUUAUGUUCUGCAACCAAUACUCAGAUAUUUGUAACUCACUUUUUUCAUUCUGAUAAAAAUUACAAAAAAUAAGCACAGCAUAGACAUAUGUUACAUGAAAAACAGAUCUUUGUUGCUUCAAUAUGUUAUAGUACAAAUACAGGUUUACAAUCAUUCAGUUUUGUAUUAGAUGGAACAUUUCAAUGAUAAAAUAAGGUAAUUAUAAAACCUGUUCUGCCAUGUUUGUUUGAUUAUAUUUGUGCAAGUGCUUACUCUUCUUAAUCUUAGGUGUGAAAACAAGACCAAAACUUGUGACACCAUCUAUUUUCAUAUUCAUAUUCAUUUGUGUAUUUCUAUAUAAAAGUCAUGUACACAAAAUGCAAAUAAAAGACUCUUGAAUUCUGAA